CUGUGUUUGUAACACAUGUCAUCCUCGUUUUUUGAUCCAAUUGUCUGAUUUUUCACGUUUUUUUUUUUUUUAAGUUCAAAUAAUGAUCACAAGAAUGAUUUCUUCACUUUCUGUGUCCAUCUCGGUUCUCUCGUUACUGAUCAUUGUAAUUGACAGUUCUGCCCUAGAUCCGACAGCGCCGAUGUUCACUUACUCGGGCCCGACGGGGCCCGAGUAUUGGGGAAACUUAUCUAACGAUUACGUGCCAUGCAAGAAUGGAGCUGUGCAGUCUCCUGUGAACAUUGAGAAGGAUGAAGCUGUUCUCAACAGUACUUUGAAUCCCUUAAACAGAAAGUACAGCAGCAGUGUAAAUUCCACACUGAUCAACAGUUGCUACCACAUUGGAGUAAAAUUUGAAGAUCAAAGCGGCGCAGGUGUGUUGAACGUGGACGGUAAGGAUUACACCUUGAUAAAAUUGCAUUGGCAUACUCCUUCUGAGCACCAAAUUGAUGGAUACCAAUUUCCAGCAGAGCUACAUUUAGUUCAUCAGGCAGCUGACGCAACCCUCUCAGUUGUAUCAAUACUCUACAACUACACCAGUGAUGAUGAUUCUGUAGAUCCCUUUCUCGCCGAGCAGAUUGAGGAGCAAUUGGUUGAACUGCCCAACGUGAGUUGUGGAGGCAAGGGGGCUAGACUUCCCCUUGGAAACUUGGAUCUGACGGAACUUGGGAACCAGGCCAAAAACUACUACAGAUAUGUCGGGUCUCUCACCACUCCUGGAUGCACUGAGACGGUCAUUUGGACCGUCCUUCAAAAGGUUAGAAGUAUCUCCCAAGACCAGGUAGAAGCUCUGAGAAAUCCACUGAAUGGAUCUUACAAGGAGAAUGCAAGGCCAACUCAGCCUUUGCAUGACCGCAAGGUCCAGGUAUCCGACAGUGAUAAUGAAGACGACGAUGACGACGGCGACAACGAUGAUGACGACGGCGACGACUAAACUGUCUAUUUCCGUAGACAUCAAGUUAUUAUAAAUAAAUAAAUGGAAGAAAAAUAAUGAAUGUCUAGAGAAUGGAGGGUAUCUCUGUUCUUAAGUUUAUGAAUGUAUGUUGUGCCAAAGAAGCUAUGAUGUCUUGCGGAUUUAAACUUAAUUAUGCUUUUAACUUUGCUUUUGUUGGUUUCCGUAUCAAUCAUAAUGCAAAAGCCACGCACCUAUU